UAGCUGGUACUGGGAAGCUCAGAACCAGAACUCAUGGCCCUGAAGCUGAUUCAGAACCAUCGGCUCCUCACACAGCUCAGCAACCAUUAUUACUUUGCUGAACCUGUUGGCAUCAGAUUGAUCCACACCAGCAGUUUGGGUCGCUCCUCUUGUGUCGCCUGUCGCUGUACAUCAGCUGGCCGCUGCUUCCAGAGGCAUGGCUGCAGGAAGCUCCAAAUGGACUCUAGGACAAGGAGUCUGACUACUAUCGUCAGAGAGCGCUCCUUUUUCCCCAGCAGCUCCGUUGGACUCCACAGAGACUCUGAACUUCGUUUUCGUCUGACCCAGCUGCACCGACCCUCGGCCGAUGAGGAGCAGGGAUUCCGGCGGCAGCUGAAGAGCUGCUCCACCUCCCGGCAAGUCUUCAAGCUGCUGCGCUCAGUGGAGAUCCUGUCAGAUACUAUGGCUGCAGCCUCUCUUCACCGUGUGGCUGACCUGGAGCAGGAGGGCCCCGCUCUGAGAGACCCAUCAGUGCUGGCGGAUGACACCAUCCGGGGCCUGUGCUGCCAGCUUGAGCAGGACUCUGAGCGGCUGACAGAGGCAGGGCUGGUGUCUGCUCUGCAUGCAUGUACCCGCCUGUUUUUGGAUCCCUGGAGCACCCUGAUGGUGCGCCUGGUGUCAGAGAGCCAGAAUCGACUUGACAGAGGACAGAUGACAGUAGGGGAGCUUUGUACCUUCGGCCAGGCCGUGCUGGCCAUGGAGGGGCCAGCGUCUGCAAUGUUGGAGCAGGCGGUGGCGCAAAUUCAGAAGCAGGAUCCCAGACAGUGGAGUCUCCCAGACUUUGUCGCCGUCUACAGACUUCUGGAAGGUUGUAUGGGUGAAGAUGGGAAAUACCGUGAUUUGUUGAACGCCAUGCACACCCAUGCAGUAACAGUCACCUCCAGGAUGGACCCUACAGCGGUCAGUGGAGUCCUGAGAUCGCUUGUUACUCUGAACCAAAUGCAGGCCAUGCCUCUUGUGAUCGGUCUGUGUAAACAAGCUGUUCGACACGUACCUCACUUCAGUGAUGAGGAGCUUACCCACGUGCUGGGUGCUCUCAUACACUUCGGCCACAGUGAUCACUACUUUGUGGAAGCGAUGGAGAAGUAUGUCCCCACCAUGGCCUUCACCUCCCAUCCAGAGACCAUAUCAAAGGUCACGCAGUUCUUUGGCCGCAGGUGCUUACUUUCCCCGACCGUCUUUGAUGCUGUCGCUGAGAGCUUCGUAUACCGAGCAGACAGCUACAGCACCAGCCAGGUAGCUAGGCAGAUCACGGCCUUUGGGAAGCUGGGUUACCUUCCACCCAACGCCGGCCAGUUGUUCAGGAAAGUAGAAUCCAUCCUGCACACCCGUUUCUCACAGUUCCAGCCGCGGACGCUGCUCAACCUGCUGCACGCCUGCACCCUGGUCGAGAGGUUCCCUGUCAAUUUUGUCUCUAAAGUCUUCAGCAGUUACUUCCUGCAGCAACUACAAGAUCAGGACAUGAGAAUCGAACGGGCAGUUGUGGCACAGCUGACUCAGCUCUACAUGACCGUGAAGCUGGAAUGUCCCUUCUAUGAGGGUCCCCGGCUCCUUCCCAAGUACCGCGUCAAGUCUUUCCUCAUGUCCAGCCGCUCCCUUGAGACACCAGUUGAUCAGCAGCUGUAUAAUUCAGUAAAAACUGGGCUGGUGGAUUUACUGGGAGAUCGAUCGUUCUUUGGCUCCAAGGUCCUCACGCCGUACUGCUACACUCUGGAUGUGGAGAUAAAGCUUGAUGAGGAGGGAUACGUGCUUCCUGCAAGCCAUACUGAAGAUGUGUACAAAAGAAUAGCUCUAUGCAUUGACGGACAGAAGAGAUUCACCACAAAUGUCAGACAGCUGCUUGGAAAUGAGGCCAUGAAGCAGAGGCAUCUGCAGCUGCUGGGUUAUGAAGUUGUGCAGAUUCCUUUUUAUGAGUUCGAGAAACUCCCCAAGAGCAGCGUGGUAGAAUAUCUGCACCAGAAGAUCUUCCCUCACACAUUCAGGCUGAGCUGGUGAUAAGAAACUAAAAUGAUGUCAACAUCCAAACCUUUUUUUUUUUUUUUUAAAGAACAGCAUAUUUAUUUUACCAACUAAUUGGCUAAAAAAAAAACCUAGAUGCCUUUUUUUAUACAUAUAUAUACAUGCAUAUAUGUGUGUGUGUGUUCAGAACUGUGACAUAUUUAAGUUACCAUUAAAGUGGCCUUUUGUAUAAGUGACUGUG